AUGGGCUUCGCCGAGAAUGCGCUGUCACUGUUGACAGUCACGAAUACUGUUCUCGGGCUCAUCGCAUAUAUUGUUUGCAAGAUCAUCUCACAGAUCGUUUAUUACCGCUUCUUCCAUCCGCUUAGGGAAUUUCCCGGUCCUUUCUGGGCUUCCGUGACUCGUCUCUGGAUUGCGAAGCAGAACCUACAGGAGACAGAGUACUUGACUACCCACGAGCUCACCAAGAAAUAUGGCCCCGUGGUUCGCAUUACCCCAACAUUGCUGCUAGUCAGCGACUAUUCCAAACUCCCUGAAAUCUACCACCGAAAUGCCGACAAGACCGGCCACUAUAUCACCGGUAGCUUCGGUGAAAAGGAGUCCUUGUUCAAUAUGAGAUCCCACAAGCAGCACGCUGAGGCCAGGAAACACAUCGCUGGUCCCUAUAGCUUCACCAACAUCAAGAAAAUGGAGCCUCUCAUCGAUGCGCGCAUCCGCGAGUGGAGCAACAAGCUCGAUCAAACCUUCGUCAAGACGGGCGAGCCCUUCGACUUUGCCUCUUGGGCUGUGUACAUGGCAUACGACAUCAUCAGCGAGAUCGGGUUCGGUCGUCCCUUCGGCUUCAUCGAAAAGGGAGAAGACAUUGGGGAGCUUCCACGAUGGCCUCCCAGCGUUUGGUCUCCUAGCCCGCCUGCAUCCGUUCACCUCAUGGAUGAAGACCACCUUCAUGAAGAAGUACCUUGUCGCAACACCCAAGACGAUUCAGGAAUCGGUGUCCUCAUGCGCUUCCGUGACCGUCUGAUCGAAGAGCGUCUCAAAGAUAUCCACAGCGGCAACAAGAUCGUGCAGACUGACCUUCUGCAAACAUUCCUCGAAGCCCGCACCGAUGACAAUAAGCCCUUGGAUCGGGAGUAUAUUCGCGCCGAGGUUCUCCUCGUCCUCCUUGCCGGCGCAGAUACUACCGGAACCGCCUUCCAGGCCAUGAUCCAAUAUCUCCUGGCCCAUCCAGAAGCCUACGAUCGCAUGAUGGAGGAAAUCGACUCCGCCUCUCGCAAAGGCCUCCUCUCCGAAAUGCCCCAAUACAACGAAGUCCUCGAACACCUGCCCUUCUUUGUCGCAUGUGUCAGGGAGACCAUGCGUCUUUGCCCAUCUGCACCGAACAUUUUCCCCCGCUACGUCUCUGAGCCUGGGAUCGAGCUCUUUGGCAAAUUCGCCCCGGCUGGCACGGAGAUCACAGCGAACCCGUACUUGGUCCACCGUGAUCCGGCUCUGUACGGCGAGGAUGCAGAGGAGUUCAAGCCGGAGCGUUGGUUGGAUGUCGAGAACGCUAAGUUGUACAACAAGUACAAUAUGGCGUUUGGUUAUGGCUCGCGUGUGUGUCUUGGUAGGGAUAUUGCCUUGAUGGAAUUGUUCAAGGGUCCUUUGCAGGUAACGCUGAGCUAUGUAUUUGUCUUUGUUGAGGAGAUAUUCUUCCGAUGCUACAAGCCCGAGCCUGUUAAGGACAAGCCUAUGCCUCGAUUCGUGGUCAAGGGUGGUGUUGGUUACUGGCGCGAUGUUUGGCUGACCAUUUCCAAGAGACCCGAGGUGAAGGCUCAGUGA